AUGGGCUACACUCUCUGCGUUUUAGGAUGCGGCACCAUGGGCAUCGCCGUCCUCUCCGGCGUCCUCGCCAGUCUUGACUCCAAGCCUACGUCUGCGCAUCACCCGAAGUGGGAGUCCCAUACCUCAGGCACCGUCACUCCCCAGGUACUCGAGGAUGAGUCGCUCCCAUCUCGUUUCAUCGCCUGCGUUAGCCGCGAGGAAUCUGCAAAGAAACUCAGCAGCACAUUCUUCCAUGCCGGCACGCUCGGACGGAGUGUCGAGAUCUCGUGUGCGCGCAAUGUUCAGGCCGUGCAGCAGGCUAAUGUCGUUCUGCUAGGAUGCAAGCCCCAGCUCGCGAGCACGAUCCUGAACGAGCCGGGGAUGAAGGAGGCCCUCGAGGGCAAGCUGCUCAUCAGCAUCCUCGCCGGUGUCACCAUCGCCCAGCUGCAGGCCAUGGUCGGGGCGUCCACCAAGGUCGUGCGUGCGAUGCCCAACACCCCGUGUAAAAUCCGCGAGGGCAUGACCGUAGUCAGCACGCUCCCGCCCUCGGACGCGCUCGAGCUCGAGCGGUCGAUCAUCCUCAACAUCUUCUCCUCCAUCGGCCGCUGCCGCUUCCUGGAGGAGAAGCAUUUCGACGCGUGCACAGCGCUCUCUGGCUCCGGCCCCGCCUUCGCCUGCAUCUUCCUGGAGGCCAUGGCUGACGGUGGGGUCAUGAUGGGCCUUCCCCGCGCCGAGGCCCUCGAGCUGGCCGCGCAGACGUUACAGGGUACCGCGCGCAUGACGCUCCAGGCGGGCACUCACCCUGCGCAACUGAAGGAUGCUGUCACUACCCCCGGUGGUUGCACGAUCGCCGGUUUGCUCGCGAUGGAAGACGGCCGGGUGCGCUCGACGAUCGCCCGCGCCAUACAGGUGGCCACGGAAAGGGCAAGCCAGCUCGGACAGCCAGCGAAAAAGUGA